AUGAGGUGGCUUGGACUAUUUCCCAUACUUGCGUCUAUCGUAGCAUGCGUCCUAGGGUUCCUCUGCAUCUUUGCAGGAAGCCAGCCAGAUGUCAUGGAGGACUAUGAUCUCAUCAAUGUGAACACGUCCCAGAUGCUGCAGAAUCUGAUUGAUCUAAACCCCACGCCGAGCAACGAGGGCUCAGAUGGUCUACUAAGCGGCCUUCUGAGUAAUGUGACCGACCGUGUCACCGGAUGGAUUGAUGAUAAGAUUGAUGCUGGUAUAACCGACCUCACUGAGGAGCUUGGCAUCAAUGAUUUCUAUUCGGUCCACAUGAUGGAUUAUUGCACAGGGUCGUAUGGCCCGAACAGCGUGCCGAAUGCCACCUUGUUGGAAUCGGAUUUUGAUAAAAACGUUACCGAGUGCUCCAACCGUACAGCAUCGUUCAGCUUCGACCUCGCCGAUAUUCUCGAGGAGACCCUUAACAAGAGCGGUAUCGACAUCAGUUUGGACGACCUCCGAUUUCCCGAUGAGCUUCAAAAUGGACUGGAUGCGUUGGCAGGGUUGUUUCAAGCUGCAUUCAUUUUAUUCUGUAUCGGAAUCGCCCUCUCAUUCUUCGCAAUGAUCUUUCCCCUCUGGUUUAUUAUCAGUUCUGGUCGAGGUGUAGGGCGGGGCCGAGUGGCUGCGCUCGUUAACCUUGUCAUUGCAAUGCUGGCUUUCCUAGCCUACGGCAUCGCUUCCGCGAUUACGACUACACUGAUCGUCAAAGGCACGAAUGUCAUCAACAAGUACGGAGAGAAUAUCGGGAUCGAAGCAAAGCAGGGUGCCAAAUUCUUGGGGAUUUCAUGGGCGGCAACUGGACUCAUGUUUCUAUCGGCUAUCAUCUGGUGUGGAGGAUGCAUUGUUGGAAGACGAAGGAGGACGCAAGUGGUCAAGGAAGGAUAA